GGUGCCACCACCUGGUACAAGGACGGGCAGCGCUGGGGGCAGGAGGGACCUGAACACCUCACUGUCACCAUGAGUGGCACCUACACAUGUGACAGACCUGGCACUGGGCUCAGCCCCCCUGUGAUUGUCUCAGAAGACUGGCUGGUGCUGCAGGUGCCGGCGCGGGUGCUGCUGGAGGGGGACACGGUUACACUGCGCUGCCGGGGCUAUUGGAAGAGCACGGUCACCUCGGUGUCCUUCUACCAGGAGGGGAAGGAACUGGGGGUGUUCCCCGAUGUCACUGAGCUGUCCCUGUCCCCUCUGCAGCUGAGCCACAGUGGCCACUACAGCUGCAGAGGCAAGGUGGGAUCCUCGGGGUGGAGGGAGUCACCACCAGUGACAGUGACAGUGCACGUGCUUGUGGCCAAUGCCACCAUCACCCCCUGUGCCCUGGACGUGACACCGCAGGACACAGGGACACACAGGGACACAGUGGCCGCAGGGGUCGGUGGGGCCCUUUUCUUCCUGCUCCUGCUCGUGGGUGUCAUUGUGGCCUGGAACUGGUGGCACCGUGUGGCUGCCAGGAAGAACCAGGAAAGGGCCCUCCCGGAUCCCCCGGCCCCCCCAGAUGAGGGGGAGGUGCUGUACACCCACGUCGUGGUCACCAAGAGGGCAGGGGCAUCCCCCCGUGCCACCACCCUCCAGGAUCCCCAGGUGACCUACGCGGAGCUGCGGGGACCCCAGGGGCGACCGCAGGAACCUGGUGACAUCUACGGGAAUGUGCUGUGA